UUUUGUGUAUCCUCGCUCUGAUCCGAGGAUUCCAGCUCCAGAAGGAUGAGAUUGGGGAUACCGAUUGGUCAGGUAACGAUCUUAUGAAGAUGUUAAUCAGAGACUCCAUUGGGUAUUACAUAGUGAUGUUCGCAAUCUAUCUGAUGUGCUUGGUGGUCUGGAUAACAAAUACUGACCUUGCUGGAAUUUCCUUUGGAAUAUCGGUUUCAUUUUUGUGCGUGCUGGGAAAUAGAUUUAUUUUGACCAUCAGAAAAGCCACAUAUAGUAGUAAAAGGGAUUGGAUGUCUACGUCGAUGGCAAGAGGAGUCGAAGCAGAUCUUCUAUAUGCACCAAGUGUUGAAUAAUCCAUUCACAUAUAAUGAUUUCCUGAUCAGCUAUAGAGGAAUGAAAAUUAAUGAAAGUUCGUCCACACAGAACCGGGGUCCCGGAAGAACCAUUCAUAC